GUCUAAUUCUUAAUUUACAUCUGUGUCUUGAAACUGAGUUCUUUUAGUAGUAUAAUGUUCUUGCAGACAUAGUUUUCUAUUGUCUUUUUUCCUCCCACAGAGAUUCUCUUCCGUAUGGUUUUCUGCCUGGAUCUACUCAGGGAAUGAGUGAGGAAUGUGUGAUGAAAGAGGGCAGCUAUUUGUAGGACCUGUUCAUAUCUUUGAAUAAAGGAAGGUAUUUAAGGAAUAAAGUGAAAAUUGUAGGAAGAAAAAAGGUGGCCUUCUGUUUGAAGCAACUGGGUUUGAUGUUUUUAUUUAUGUCAUGAGUUCCACUUUAUAGAAGUUUUCCUUGCUUGGAUUGUGCUUCCCUCAGAUUAUGAGUGGAAGUUUUUAGUCAGAGGAGCAGACGUGCAGAACACUCACAGCUGUAGCUGGAGUCUGCCUUGAACAGAUAAUUCUGAAAAGUCAGGCUGUGAAGCAUUUUUGCACAUUUCAAGAGGAGAGUUUGUAAUUAACUGGCCUUCUUGGCGUUAAUCUCUUGGCCUCAGUAAAUCUCUUGGUCUUCAUUCUGUUGGUGAGGGACAUGGGCCACUCCACUGCAGCACUGUGAAAACAGUUCAGUGUCACAAUAGUGAACACCUUGAAAAGGUGAUUACAAAGUCAGUUUUCAGAUUGAGCUCUGGGUCUAAGCAUGUGACUGUAUUGAACAAAGAGGAUAGAAUAAAACUUUGAAUCAGUGCUCAGUCACUGGCAAUGAGAAACACCUUGUAUGAAACAUCAUGUGAAUAGGUAAUUAAAAACGAUAUGUUAAAAUGCGUGAGCAGUCUGACAAAGCUAGGCAUACAGCCCCAGCUGCUUCAGUUCAUAUAUUUUGAGCCCUCUGCUUUAGACAUCUAAAGUUCUGUUCCGUGAUUUUUUUGCGGAAUAGCCAGGUUAAGAAGAGUUCUCUUAGUAAACGUGUCUAGAAGCUUCUUAAGUCAGGUAUUUCAGCAGCUUUCAAGUCCUUGCUGUAACUUGAAACUGGAUUUAGACCUAGGAUUAAGCAUGCCAUUUCCUUGGCUUUAAGCUGUUAAUUACAAAGCAGAUCUGUCUGAAAUGUGUUGCGCUCUUGGAAGAUGUCUUUGCAGCAGAAAAAUACGCACAUUCCUUCUGUGCUGAGCAUCCUGACAGAGAAACUCCGUAUCUUGUUUACUCUGAUCACCUUCAUUCCUUCAUCCUACUUAUUGAGCUACAAAGGAUUCAGGGAAUGGGAGAAGAGGAACGUGUCUUGUUCCACUUUUCCUCCUGAGUGUUUUUCUCCAGUGGCUGAAUUUAAACAUUAAAAUAAAACAUAAAAACAUCAAAUACUGUCCUGGUUUCUAAGCCAUUUUAUGCCUGGUUUUGAGGGGAGAAAGCAAGAUUUAAAAGUGCUUUCCCUCAAGCAGUAACCAUGCAGCUUUAGUAAGGGAAAACCUAUGUGUGCCAAAGGAGUUAGAGAUGCAGAAAGGAAUGGAGGAAGAAGAAGGAAGAAAACAGUGGUUUGUGGUUAAAAGAUAGAAUGUGCAUGAGAAGAGUUUGUGCUUGCUCAAGCUGGAGUUAUUGUGCUUGGCUCAGUGUUGGCCCUCCUACGAGGUUAGAAAUACUGUUGUGGAGGCUUUGAGGGGCAGAGGGGUCAUUAACACAGGUUUUCCAGAAGAUGGGAUGCAAACCCUGAGUUUUCUUGAUGCUUGGAAGUUUCAAGAGGAUUGUAGAGUUGUUUUGUGGAAGACACUGUUGAAGCACACAUACUCAGAUAACAGUCCCAAAUCAAGAUUCUGUUUGUAUGUGAACGUGCCAUGAGUGUAGGGAUUGUCUUUAUUGUAGGGAGAGCUGCUGUGCAACCACCUGUGUUUUCUGCCAUCAGUGCUUCCCUGUUUACCCACCUAAUGGGUGCCAGAAUACAGUACUUGUACUUAGUGACAACACAUGAAUGAUCUUCUGUGGCAACAUACUAACCGUGUACCUCCCCUCAACAACAACUGUUUCCAUCUUCCCUGAGGAACUAAAGCUAGCAUUUCGUUUAAAUUAGAUCUAAACAUUUGGGAGAGUCAUGAGCAGCUGGAGUAGCAGGUAACCUUGAUGAGCUGGAAAGGCAGAAGGAUGUCACACACCGGGCUGCUCAGACAGCUGCAUUGUAUUAUGUAAUUCUGCUACCUUGGAGGCUGCUAGUCAGGACUUGUUCUGUGACAGGCACUAGGACAUGCCUGCCUUGGCGCGGAGGGUGAUGGAGACAGCAGGCUUAGAUGAGGAGACCUCAGCUAGUAAGUUAACGUGGUACUAUGUAGUCAAUUUACCUUGGGUUUUUCCCCUUUUUGUGCCAGUUAGGGAGGCAUUGAGUUUCCUUUGUUCCUUCUAUUUGCAUUUGUCAGUAGGCACUUAAGCCAGCAUAAGCACAGAGCAACAGAAGCAGCGCAUGUCCUCAUGGAAGUCAUCUUCUUUCUCCUACAACUGACAUGGGAAUGUCCUUUCAUUCCUUGAUAACAUUAGCCAACCUAGUAAAAUAGGAUUGUUCUUUUGGAAUAGCUACAUCUACCUGGAUUUUCCUCUGUAUGGAUUUAUCAAAUGAGGGUAUGAUGAGUAUCAUCAUCUUAAAGCUCUCAGAGGACAUGGGUGUGAUGUCGGAAAUUGCUGUAGGCAAACCCUUGAUUCCUUCCCAGACCUGGCUGUGUUCCAAUUUCCCCAGCAGUUCUUUUAUCUCUUGCAUUCCCUACCUUCAUUACUUUUAUCCCCUCCCCAGUGUAGCAUGCAGCCAUACUCCCUGUCCCUGCCUCUACAGUUUCUCACAUCAUUCUUCAGAAAUGCAAGUCUCUUAAUAAAUCGUUUCUCUACUUGUCACUGUCUUACUGUAGUUAUGCCUUUCACCUUACUGAGAUUUGGAUUAGUUACACCUGUGAUGCACCACAUGAUCUAUGGAAAAUUACAAAAGAUUUUACGCAGGGGAGAGAAUCUGGUGAUUCAUAGGUAUCAUUUGUUAUUGUGUGAAAACUACUUGCACAACCCACACUGAGCUGAUACAUUUAAUGACCAAUUCAUUUAAAAUUGAUUUUAUUGUUGGCUGAUAUUUUUAUUGGAGCUGAUACAAGAUUGCUUUACAUGGCAAAGCAUGCUAUGUUUUCGCUGUAGUUCUUCGCUUACCCAAGUGCAAAUCCGAUGUCAUUGUUUUUUCCAAACAGCCCUGUGGUCUCUUUGGUGGUUGUCCCUGCCUUUGGAGGUCUGUGGCAGGCUGCAAAUGUCAAGAGUGUUGUGAGUCUCGCUUGUUGUGCCAGUCUUCUAAGACUUUCAAACUUUUCAAAUCAAGGUUGAUCUUUUAACAAUAACAAUCUCUUUUCUGAGACUUAACAACAUUGCCUGCUAUCUUGGCUGUGGAUGCUGUAGCAUUUGAGCUACAAGAAGACAACAAAAAGAGCCCUUCCUUCCUGAGAAAUGGGCCCACACUUUGGCAGAGUAUCGGGUUUCCAUGGCUAACUGUCGCUGAUGGUGACUGUCACUGCUGACUGGUGCCCAUUUCUUCGGACAGUGUUUGAAGUAGAUGUGCUUGGGUGGACUGGUGUGCAGGGCAUUGGCCCAAAGCUUGGGAUAUGUGAUGUGGCCAGAGAAUUCCUGGGCGGCUGUGGCUAAAUCAGUCUGCCAUGCACCUGAGCGCCCUCUUAAAACUGUAGGUAGGGUUAUCCCUUACCAAGGUGUUGUGAGGAUAAUGAUACAGGUUAGGUUUUAUUGCAUCAGGGCUGAACCAUCUCUGAAUAGAGGGAAAGGGAUAUAUUGUGCUCAAGCACCAAUUUCAGUAAACUCUGUCGGAAGGUGAUUGAUUACUUGAGAAUGCAGGACAGAGUAGAAGCAGGAAUUUCGAGGGGUGAUACACUUUGAAAGGAGGGAUAUAAGAGACACCCUGCCCCCUAAUGAGGGAACAAGGGAGCUCCUGAAGAUAGCUGCAAGCCAGUUGUCCUGAUGUGUGCUUCAAGUGCUACAAAAUUAUGAGAAUCGUGGAGUACUGAAAAGUCCGAUGUGCUUCCCCAUCAAGAUCCCAGCCAGAUGGCUGUCUUGGGGGGCAAAGAACUUAGCCUCUCACUGUGGCCAUCCCUGGCACAAGCAGGAAUUUUUUAAAUUGCCUUUAGCAAUGUGGUGUCUAAAGUGUUUACUGAAAUCUAAGUUGUUCAAUAAAGCAACUGUGGUUAUGUUUCAAAAUGUAUUUUCCAAUUUUUUAAUAAAAUAUAAACAUGUAUCUAAACAUGGUGAGUGAACAGAUGUCUUGGGAAAGGCACUGUGUGUUUGGAUGGUGCUUGGUGCUAUUGAUCUGUUUUUAGGACUUUGGGCAGCAGAAAUCCAUUGUUUGGCACAGCACAGACAUGCUGCAGAGGAUUGAAGUACAAUUGAAAUUACCAGGCUGUGUAGGCUUGCUCUCUGCAUUUGUGUGUCACAGUUAACAUCUGAGUUAAGUAGAUGAAGUUUAAAUAUCAGUUACCUGCACCUGACACCCCACGUGUGUUUCUAAAAAGAAGUAAAUAAAAGAAUAAUUCUUGGAGAGAAAAAAAGUGAUACUGGGUUCUGACUUUUGGAGAGAGAGUGUGUGAUUCUUAAGGGAGAACACGGCAUGGUUAUGGAUGCCUGUGGAAGAAUGAACAGGGAAAAGAAUGUCAAAGAAAGAGGAGAAUAUAAGAGACAAAAGAACAAUGGGCUUAGUGAAGGAAUAACAUUUGAGGAAAGAUGAAGGUAGGUAGAGAAACAUAAGCUUGUGACUAAAUUAAAACAAAGUAAGAAGAGGAAGGGGUGAAAAAAAAUUCACUGUGAGUUAUUUACAGGAUAAUACCAUGAGAGGAGUCAGUAGGGCUGCACAAGGCUUCUGUAUGGAUCUGUGCAGUGAGUCCAUUAGGAAAAGCAUUGCCAGUGGGUCGAGGGAGGGAUCCUGCCCAUCUACUCAGGCCUGGUGAGGCACAUCUGGAGUGCUGUGUCCUGUUCUGGGCUCCUCAUUAAAGAGAGACAUGGAGCUCCUGGAGCGUGUCCAGCAGAGGCGAAUGAGGAUGAUUUGGAGACUGAAGCGUCUUUCUCAUGAGGAAAGGCUGAGGCAGCGGGACCUGUUUGGCCUUUAGAAGAGAUGUCUGAGAGGGGGCUCAUCAAUGUCUAUAAGUAUCUGCAGGAAGGAUGUUGAGGAUGGAUCCAGGCUCUUCCCAGUGCUGUCAACCACUAGGACACAGGGCAAUGGGCAGAAACUGAUGCACAGGACGUUCCACCUGAACAUGAGGAAGAAUUUAUUUAAUAUGUGGGUGACAAAGCAAUAGAAGAGAUUCCCCACUAAGGUUGUGGUGUCUCCCUCUCUGGGCAUAGUCCAGAACUGCCUGGAGGCAGUCCUGUGCCAUGUGCUCUGGGAUGACCCUGCUUGAGCAGGGAGGUUGGACCAGAUGACCCACUGUGGUCUCUUCCAGGCUUACCCAUUCUGAGGCACAGUUGCAGUAAUGCCAGCCCAUGCUUUGGGCCAAGCUGCUGACCUUGCUAACAUUUUAUUUCCUGUAUAUUUUCACCAUCCUCCUAUUCCUCUCUUGCUGCUUGUGCCAUUUGUUUGGAAAGAGAUCCUUGCUUUUCCUUAUUUUUCUGUCGUUGCAUAUCAUCACUUUUCUCUAGUGAUCAAAGAUGCCUCUAGGGUAUUUUUUCUCUACAAUUAUUAGUUUCAUAAUCUGAGAAUUACGUGGGUAUUUUAUGAUAGAUAGUAUUUAGUCAUUAUAAUUGUAGGUGAAUCUUACUAAGAUGAAAGAACAAAAUUAAUUGUAGAGGGAAAAAGGAGAAGAACAGGAGGAAAUGAAAUUACAUAAAUAGCAUGAAUGUUUUUAGAAAUGGGGAGGAAAGGUGUUGUGGUAGAAAUAAGGGAAUGGAGACUCAAAUCUAGAUUUUUUUGUUUUUUAAUGGGACUCAGAGAGUGAUAAUGUCUGAUAGCCAGCACAGCACAGGUCAAGCAAUUUCAGCACAUGUUCUGGCACCUGUGAUAAAUUCUGUGAUGCAGGGAAUCACUUCUGUUUAAAACUAUACAAGAGCUUUGGAGUUAAUCUGCAGAUCAUAGAAAACAUCCCCACAGCUAGAUUAAGUUAUGUACCAUACAAAUAGUUUGCUGCUCAGCUAUAACUUGCUUAUCUGCAGCUUUAUCUUGUUAUGCUUUUUGUUAUUGCCAGAUUCUUUCUGAAUCAUAAUUUGUAAUGGUCUGCUCAGCUUCCUUCCACAUUCAGUUGAACAGGUAAAGUAUCUUUGUAGCAGUUCUGAUUAUAAAGUCACUGUACUGUCACUUGUUUCAUUUUCUCUGUUUAUUGACAAAGCAGUGGCAGAACAUUUGUCCAAUAAUAGAUUUGCAGAGUGAAAUAUUUUGCUGUUGUUUUAGGAAAUAAUUUUGCUGAUUUUAGCAGGGAAGGAAUUCAACUGACAGGGUUUGUCUCAUCAGCCCCAGUGGAAGCCUGCCCAGCUAAUGAGCCUCUGAAAGAUCAUGGCUCAGAUGUGCAUAAAUGAUCCACCCAUGGUGCAUUUGCUCAGCCAGAACCAGAGACAGGUGACAGCUCCCCCCACCCUCUGAGAGCUGCCCAGAGCAGACGGCUCUGCACACCUGGCGGCAGGAAACGGGGCAGGGGAGGCACUGGCCUGGUUGAGGCGCUGGGGGCCAGCACGGAGGGGAGCAGGCUCUGGGGAGAGAGGGGCUCUCAAAGGUGGUGGGCACAUAGAGGCUAAAGAAAGACAGACAGAUGCUGUCCAGACAAUGGCAUGUGCUGGCAUCAGUGGUGGUGGCAGAUUUUUCCAGUGAUGGCUUUAAAAACUAGAGCACAGUUCCUUUCAGGUUGUGCAGCAUAAUCCAACUCCUGCUUGCAUUUCUCCUGGUGCAAGAACAUCGCUGUGAAAUGUGACUGUAACCUCACAUGGGGUUGUUCUGCCCACACAGGAGUAUCCUACUGGUUUUUGUGCUGGCUCAGGUGCUUGCUCUAUCUGAAGGUUUCUAGCCCUGCUGAGGGAAAGCUGACAGUACCUGGUGGAAUUUGUGCUUUUACCAUCUGUAAGAGAAAAAGAAAUUACAUUAAUCUUUUCUAAAAACCACAAGUCCAGAAUUUAGAAGCUGUGAUCUUCCAGGAUUAAUAAACUCAAUAUAAAUUUGACAUAUUGUGUGCAGUGCAGGAAGAGCUUUGUUUUCCUCUAGAGGAUACCUGUCUUGUCUUCUGCAGCAGAUGCUUUGGAAAGGAAUGAAAAGCAGCUUGCUGCAGAAUGACCCAUGUUUCAUUUGCUGUAUAAAUUGAAAGAUUUAGAGUUGAUGAGGCUGGGGAUUGCAGGAAGGAAAAAAGCAUGGUCUCUAGAUUCCCAAACUGGAUUUCAUCCCUGCCGUAAGCUCCCUCUAUAAGCAAUAAUUAUUCUCAGCAUUGUGUCCCCGUCGUGUUGAGAUGCUUUUUUGAACCAUAGGCAUGUAAUCCAGUAGUCAGCUGCUUAAACCUUGUGUGAAGUCUGUCAUGCUGAACAAACAUAGAAGUAUCAAAUUCAGGAUGUGCCAACAGACUUAAUUUUGCCACUUAGUAAUUUUUCAGAAUUUGAAUUUGCGCUUUUAACUGUCCUUGAAUGCAGAGGGGUGAUGCGUAUGUGCUGUGGAUUAUGUAUCUGGAUGCUUAAGGACACCUACUAUCUGAGCAUUUCUCAGGUAUUGAGAACCUGCCAUUUGAAUUACAGAGAAACUUCCAACUCAUGCGAGAUCUGGAUCAGAGGACAGAAGACCUCAAGUCAGAGAUUGAUAAGUUGGCCACGGAGUAUAUCAGCAAUGCACGGACUUUGUCUUCAGAGGAAAAACUGGGGCUUCUCAAGCAAAUCCAGGAAGCCUAUGGAAAGUGCAAGGAAUUUGGGGAUGACAAGGUUCAGCUGGCUAUGCAGACCUACGAGAUGGUCGAUAAGCACAUUCGGCGGCUGGACACAGACCUCGCUCGCUUUGAAGCAGACCUGAAGGAGAAGCAGAUAGAGUCGAGUGACUAUGACAGUUCUUCCAGCAAGGGCAAGAAGAAGGGCCGAGCCCAGAAAGAGAAAAAAGCUGCCCGUGCUCGCUCUAAAGGGAAAAACUCUGAUGAGGAAGCACCAAAAACUGCCCAAAAGAAAUUGAAGCUUGUCCGCACUAGCACAGAGUAUGGGAUGCCUUCAGUCACCUUUGGAAAUGUUCACCCCUCGGAUGUACUGGAUAUGCCCGUGGACCCCAAUGAGCCCACUUACUGCCUCUGCCACCAGGUCUCCUAUGGGGAGAUGAUUGGCUGUGACAACCCAGAUUGUUCCAUUGAAUGGUUUCAUUUUGCCUGUGUGGGUCUGACAACAAAGCCAAGAGGAAAAUGGUUCUGCCCUCGCUGUUCCCAGGAGAGGAAGAAGAAGUAAAUUCACAUGAGACCUCAGUAAUGCUGCAGGAGCUCUCUUCCCCCUGCCAGGGCCUUGUCCCAGUUUCCCCCAGCCCUUGGGGCCUUGGCUGAAGGGAAGUCUUGCCCUGUUUGUGGUUUGGGCCAUCCCUGGAAUGGUGUGUACCCUCAUGGUGGUUCCUGUGUCUUCUGUAUCCCUGGUUGCUUCUGAGUCCUUAAGGGAGGCCCUCUCUGUGUACUAUUCCAAACAGGUCUCUGAACCUCAAAGGGAAUGAAUGAGGGCACCAGGGUAACCACCAGAUUCCCAGGGAUUCAGGUAGCCCCUGAUUUUCCUUUUCUUCAGCCUCCUCAGAGUUCAUUGCCUAUUCUCUGCUUAGAGAACAAGGCUAUGGGAUGGGGGAAGGGAAGGAAAGGAGGUAAGUCUUCAGCAUUUUAGGUCUUUCAUUUUCCUCGAUCUUUUUCAGGAGAGAGGGAGUAACCAGGCUACUUCUUAAUCUAGUGGGCUGGUUGAGAGACUGAAAACCUGAUGUACUCCCUGUCUUUAACCAUUCCACUGCUGACAUUGAGCAGCCUCUUUUGUUGGGGAGAGGAGGGGGCAGAGGGAGUGUUUAGAGCUAGCUUUGUCUCUCUUAUUCCUGGGGUACACCUGCUGGUCUGGGAAGCACACUGUGUGAAGAAGGAAGAAUUUCUGACCACGUGGGGAGAAACGGCUUGGUCCAGUCUGUCUUCCGCCUUCAAAAUUCUGCCUUCCUCUUGUGUAGUGGUGCUUCUCCAUUAUGUUGAUGGUGGGAAGUUUGGGGAUUCAGAUCCCACUUGUAUAAUACAGAAUUAAAUAAAAUUCAUUGAAACCAA